AACACAAAAACAAGAAAGAAAAGUUUGCAAGUACAUUAUGAUUCUUUGGCACUUUGUUGUACAUGCAUCUAACAGUAUUUAAUUGAAAUUUAUUUAAUCAAAUUUUAGAAUUGUUGCAUGUAUAUGAAGAUAUAGUCAGAGAUACUAAAAUUGUGAAUAUAGUAGUAACAUUAAUUGCAUAUAUGUACUAUUAGGUAUACGUACACACACACGCACACACACACACACACACACACACACACACACACACACACACACACACACACACACACACACACACGUGAAAUGAGUGACGUUUGGAAAUCGAAGCAAUCUAUGCAUAAAUUAAUAUUCCUGGACUGGGAGCUCACACAAUUAUUCUCAAUGCCUGUUCAAGCUUGAUUGUGACAAAGUUUAGUUGGGUUCUACUUGGUGUACUGUUUGAACACCUGGGCAACUUUUAUAAGCCCAUAGCUAAUUAAUUAAUAAUUAAUUAAUACAGCUGAUGUACAAAAACAAAACUGCUUUCUCAAAUGUAGCUGUAUUACUACAUGAUCACUGAUUGACAGCUUUAUAAUAUGAUAUGCCUAGUUAACUACUUUUACUGUUAGUUGCUCUAAUUGUGGUUGGUGCUUGCAUUUUGUGUGUGUUUCAGCUGUCAUAGCUGUUUAACCAAUAAUUAAUUGUAAGUUAAUUAAUUAGCCUUUGUACACGUUUCACAGAUUGUAUUUCACACAAUGUUUGUAGUUGCGACGGAAACCCUGCAGAAACACUGCAUCUAGCCUCACAUCCAUUAUUUGGCAAGUCAGUCUAUUUUAGAUCACUGACUACUAAGUAGCUUAUACGGGUAUAGCGACGACGAGACACUCCCCCGUUUGACUGACUGGACAUGUCGGAGGACGGCCGUUCCGAACCAGAAAGACACGUCUUCUCCGCCAUUUUUGAGAACAAUACCGAGCUGCUGCAAGAACUAUUAGAGGCCGGUGUUCGAGUAAAUGCCAGCGACAGGCAAGGCCUCACGCCACUCCACGAAGCCGCGUCGCUGGCUCAUCCACAUUGUCUCGCCAUCCUGUUGAGAUAUGACGUGGAACUCGAUGGAAAGUCGUACACUGGGCAGACGGCUCUCCAUAGAGCUGCCAGCAGCAACUCACGAAGCAAGGAUGCAAAUAUAUCGCCAUGUGUAAGUCUUCUAGUGGACAGUGGAGCGUCUUUGACUGCUAGAGACGGAGCUGGUUUGACUCCUGUUGAGGCGGCAGCUCAAGCUAAUAACAACGAUGUUGUUAUGUACUUGAAGAGUGCUAUGGAUGACAUGAGGAAGAAGGAAGAGAAGAGAAAACACCAUGAGCUGCUCCAAGAGAUGUUCGAGGCCUGUAAUAGUGGUGACAAGCGUAAGUUGGAUAAACUUGUUUCCUCACAUCCGGAUCUUGUCAAUGGCACGUUGCAUGAUGAUGGUUCGACUCUACUUCACAGGUGCUCUAGACGAGAUGAUGUAGAAAUGCUUCGAUCUCUCAUUAGUUUUGGUGCUACUCUAUGCUUUGAUCGAGACAAGAAAACACCACUUGAUUAUGCAGCAGAAAAAGGUGCAACGUCGUUGGUAGCAGAACUGCUUCAUUGUAGGUCAAAAACUGUAGAUGGCAACUUAGCUCUGCUAAGCGCUGCUGAAAGGGGCCAUUGUGGAGUAGUAGAAGCGUUGAUUAUUAGUCAAGUUGUUGCAUAUAAAGAGUUGGCUGAUCAGGUCAAGCAAGGUUUGGAACCCGAUGAAGAUCUAGCUGAUUUGUUUACUGCAGUUCGGGUAGACAUCAAUUGUGAAGAUGUGGAUGGUCAUACUGCACUUUAUCGGGCGUCUCAAGGCAACUUUGUCGAUGUAGUCAAAGCUCUACUUACUUGUGCUCCUCGCAAUAUUCGCCAUCGACAUGGUAUUGAUCCAGGUACAGACACGGCAGUCGUGUUUACAACUAGUCACAGCUCUUUUGGCAAACCUGCAUUAAAUUCUGGCUCGUACAAUGAAAGCACUACAGAUUUUGAGAAUGAUGCCUUGAUCUCUUUCAAGAAGAACAUUAUUUUGAAUCUAGAAGUGCGCUCACAGAAGGGUCACACGGCAUUUCACGAGGCAUGUCGCAGACGAAACUUUGACAUCAUACGACUACUAGCUUAUUCCGAUGCAGACAUCAAUGCCAUGGAACAUCCUCGACAACUGGACAAUCCGCGGGAGUACAAUGCUCUUGUUGAUGCCAUUAUCAAGGGUCAAUGUGACUUGGUUAUUGAGCUGUUGACGUUAGGAGUAAAGGAUACUUCAAAUCAUGUGGCCUUUAAUACAGCAGUACAGUUUGGAAAAGAUGACAUGGUGGGAGCAAUGCUUGCUCACACAAACGUGGUUGAGAUUGCGAAUGAUGAUGCUAAGCCAUUGAGAAAGAAGAGUCAACACAUUCCACCAGACAAAUGUGAGUCAAAGUUUAGUGCUCACUGGAAUGGAAUUGCUCUUUAUAUCAAAGGUGACUGGGACCUCAAGUUCGCAUGGUUGUCACGUGCUCCACAGUAUCUGAGUGUGGGAACGACGGCAGUGAUUAGUAAGUUGCACUUGAGGGAGAACCAGCUCACCAAAGUUCCACUUGAAUUGUUUCAUAUGGAAGGGCUGGAAGUGCUGGAUCUCUCUAAAAAUAAUCUUACUGCUCUUCCACUGGAUGUAAUAGUUGAUGAACACAAUAAUUCUCCUAUUGAGAGAUCGAGUGAACGUGCAAGUCACUGGACAUGUCAUAAAUUAAAGGAAAUUGAUGUUAGUGAAAACCAUCUGAAAACUCUUCCUGUUCAAGUGUUUCACCUUAAGGCUUUAGUUCAGGUGUGUGCAGCAAACAACGUAAUUGACUCGCUGCCAGUGGAUAUGUGGCUGUCAGAGACUAUUAAAGAAAUGAACUUUGCUCAUAACUUGCUAGAUGAUCUUCCGCACCCUGAACCCUGUUUAAUGCAACAGUCUCGCAGCAUGAGUAUAAGGGAUCCGAGUACAAGGAGAAGGAGCAUGAUUCAAAUGAAACGCCCACGUCUAUUAACAAUCGAAGCUCAGCAAUGCCACAUGUCGUACUCAUUGACACCGUAUGCAGCAAUGUUAAGGUCCACUGUGUCAUCGUCACCUUCUGGUGCAAGAAGUGUAGAUGAAGACGAAGAUGAAGAUGAACAUGAUGCCAGUAUUGUAGGAAGCUCUAUGGGCCAGAGGACAUUUAAGUCUUCUCUAAAAGUUCUGAAUGUAUCACACAACAAUUUAGUGUUUAUUCCAGUUGGUCUACCAUGCCUAGCUCAAGAACUGGAACGAUUGAAUUUGUCCCAUAAUCAAAUCAAGUCUCUGGGAUGCCCAUCUAACUACCCACAGUCGUUAACGACUCUUGAUGCUUCUGGCAAUGGUGCAGUUCAGACAAUCCAUGCAGAACACGAAGAUACGGAUGAUACCAAAUCAAAUGAUACUACAUCAAAUGAUCCAGCAGUAUGUUAUGGAUUUAUUCAGGACAGCAUGCUGGGAGGUCUGUCAUUGGCUUCUCAUUCGGUAAUCCACUGUCGGCAUCGUCUUCAUGAAAACCUUCCCAAUCUCGAUUGUCUUAAACUUUCUGAUAACUAUCUAACACGAGUUUACGUCUUCAGUGGAAAUCAGAGUCAUUACGAUACAUCUGAACAAGGUUGGAUUGACAUCGAGAUGUCUGGUCGAGUGUCAUCAUUAAACGAAGCAUCAAAGCCUUUAUUUCCAAAUCUUGCGUUGCUGGAUGUUCGUUGUAAUCAACUGAAGACCGUUCCUUACAGAGUGUGGGAUCUACCCAAGCUGGUGGAGCUCCUACUUAGCCACAACAAAGAUAUAAAAGAGUUGCCAACUGCUAUGGGACGACUUGUGAAUCUGUUUCGACUAGACCUGGAAGGAGUCAGCAAUGAAUUGUCGAUUCCAAGUCACAUCGAUUGUAAGAGAGCACCCGAAAUAAUCCGACAUCUUCGAUCGAUACACGAACGUGCGUGUGAUUAUCGUCGAAUAAAGCUAAUGCUUGUUGGAUGUCAUCGGCAAGGCAAAACUACUCUGCUGCGGGUUUUGACACAAGGAAGUAAGGCCACCACUGCUCCCACACACUUCAAUCAGAGACGAGAAAGAGUUCACACUGGUGAUAACGGUGACUUGAAAUAUGAUCAGAUUUCGACUGUCGGUGUUGACUUGGGUAAAUGGACUUACACAAAACCAGAGCCUUUCAUUUUUUUUGGAAGGAGAACCCAACGUCCUGCUAUAGAAUUUCUGACAUGGGAUUUUGCCGGGCAGGAUGAAUAUUAUGCCACUCAUCAAUGCUUUUUGUCAAAACGAGCACUUUAUUUGGUUGUGUGGAACGUUGAGAAGGACAGAGAGGGCAUCGAGGAGAUGGAGAAAUGGUUGAUGAACAUACAGGCUCGAGCCCCCAAUGCUGCAGUCAUUCUUGUCGGCACACACAUUGACAAAGUCACUGACACAUUUCUGCAGAGGAUUGAUGAUAAUGUGAAAGCUCGGUACCUCAUUGGCAAGCACGCAUCACUACAAAAAGACAAAGGUUUGCCUAGGAUCCUCAGUGUGGUAUUCGUCAGCUGCACACAGCUAAAAUAUAUUGAAAACCUGAGGCAGCUGCUUUACACAACUGCCAGUGAAUUGACAGAAGUUAUUGGAUCGUAUUCUGUGAGGGUCUUGGACCAGCAAGUGCCCAGUUCAUACAUUCAGCUUGAAAAGCAGAUAUUAGACCUAGCCAAACGAGCCAGAGAGAGUGGAACCAUUCCAGUCCUGGAAGAUACCGAGUUUAGAGAGAAAGCGUCGAUAAUAGUCAGCGAUCCUGAUGACUUAAAUCAAGGAGUGAAUUUUCUACAUCAGAAUGGUGUCUUGCUUCACUAUAAUGAUCCUCAGUUGCGACGACUGUAUUUUAUUGACCCACAGUGGCUUUGUGACAUGCUGGCUCAUGUUGUCACCGUUGAUCAUGUGAACAGAUAUAUAAAGAAUGGAAUUAUGAAACAAGAUGAUUUGGUGCACAUAUUUAGAGGCAAAGUGUUUGAGCUGAGAAACGAAUAUGUUCAACUGCUGAUCAAAUUUGAAGUUGCAUUGCCGAUUGGGCUGCAACAGGAAUAUCUCUUGAUUCCAUCCAAGCUCCCUAAUUCGAUUCACAAAGCUCAGUCACUCCAACCACGAAGAUGCAAUGAUUCUCAUGAUGCAAAAGUCGAAAUUCUCACCAUUGGAAAAUCAGUUGUGUGUCGUUUCUAUUACAUGAUCUAUGUCCCGAGUGGAUUUUGGCCACGACUGAUAUCACGUGUCCUUACCUCUCGUCAGUUUGAUCAAAUAGUGUCUUCAAUUGCUGUGAGCUUUAGUGAUGAUGUCAUUGAAAAUAAUGUUCCUUCUGCAUUUUCCCCGUCGUGGUUCUACUGGAAGACUGGCAUCGAGUUGAGGGUAAACGGCAGUCCUAUCCUGUCAGUUAAAGAGGUGUCUGCAUGCCAGGAGGGAAUUAUUGGUUCAAUGGCUAGAGCAAUGCAUGGCAGCCUUAGCCUUUGCACAUACGGUACAACAGAUAUACUGGAGACACGAAAUUAUAGAUGUAUAGAAAUUGUUGCCGCUAACCUUUUCACGAGAGAGUCAUUGUCUCAGUCAAAUGAGCUGAAUAAAAUUCCUAGUUUGAAGUCGGCUGAACUCUUGGCCAAUGCAGUCGAAACGAUUGAUCUUCUCAUUGAUGACUGGUACCCGGGUAUUGCUAAUGAUGGUGGCACUGGACAAGGCAACCCAUUUCUAACAAAAAUUGUACCAUGUCCUGACUGUCUGGAAAGUUUGGUAAGAGCAGAAAGAGAAGCUUUUGGCACAGAGUCGUGUCAUGAAAGUGACGGACAGUUUGAACAAGUUCCCUUGGAGGCAGCAGCUCGACAUAGCAAGUCUUAUUAUUGCCAUGUGGCAUUUGUAUUUCAACUAGUGGAAUGUGCACUGAAAGCACAAAGCGAAGGAACUAUACACUGUCCUCAUCAUGAAGACAUCGACCUCUCAAGAAUGACACCCGAUUUGUUGUUUCAUGAUUUGAAGUUAAACUUGAUCGUUGAUUCCAAGCAACUUGUUGAAGAGGAAGUUGUUGGAGUAGGGGCAUUUGCUGAUGUCUGUAAAGGCAAAUAUUACCCCGAGGCAACCGAGGGUGAUUUGUCCCCAGAUGCCGGUAUUGCUGUUGCUAUAAAGAAGUUGCAACAACGACAACGUGAUGCUCACUGUAAGCAACCUCGUUUGAUCGAGCGUGAGCUGAGUGUCGACACACUGGAGACCGAGGCAUACAAGGCAUACAAAGCAUACUUGGAGACAAGACGAGAAGUUGCCAUUCUUGCCAACGUUAAUCACGAGCACAUUGUGCGUUUCUUUGGCGUCCAGUUGGAUCCGCGCAGUCUGAUACUGGAAUGGGCACCGAUGGGCAGUUUAGAAACAGUCUUGAGGACAUACGAAGACAGGUCAAUCGCUCCUCGACCACUUCAGCAAUUGAUAGUUCAAAUCUCAGACGGUGUGAGAUACUUGCAUUCGAAAAGCAUCGUUUACCGUGACCUCAAAUCAUCUAACGUUCUAGUGUGGAAGUUUCCCGAACCUUUGAUGCAACUCGGUAGCAGCACUCAUGCGGACAGCACGGUAAAUCAUGGCGUAUGGGUCAAGUUGGCCGACUUUGGAGUAAGUCGAUUAGCUGCACCUGGUGGACUAGUGAGAGGUGAAGGUGGCACGCCUGGUUUUAUGGCUCCCGAGAUUGUACUAUUCCGAGGAGACGAAGCCUAUACAGAAAAGGCAGAUAUUUAUUCCUUUGCCAUGCUCAUGUAUGAGAUUCUAUGCCAAAAGUAUCCAUUUGAGAGCUACCAAGCAAUGGAGAUUGACAAAUUCGUUCAAGAAAAGAAACAUCCCGACUUACCGAAGAAGGUCAUCCAAUAUCCACAGUGUGCCAUACAUCUCAUGCAGCGCUGCUGGUCGUUUGAAUCCCAGGAUCGUCCGACAGCAUCUAACAUUCUACAGGUCGCAGAGAGCGAAGACUUUGUCCGACUGCUUGAUUGUGUGCAAUUGCGGCCUGAGAUGCAUAUCACAGCUUGUUGCUUCAUAUCGGGCAACCUCAUGGCUCAAGAAACAGUUUCUGUAGGCACCUAUUCCGACCAGGAAGAAAACGAUACAUUGGACGAGAACAACACUCCAAAAAACAGUAGGAAUGGUGAGCGGUAUCCAAGUACGUCCAGUGUAGAAGAAUCGGUCGUUAGUUUGGAUGGGCAAUCUGUGAACGAUGUGAUUUGGCUGUGUGAGCAGCGUAUCAGUAAAUCGCAGGACACUCUCUUGGAUAUAGCCGAGUACUUCAGGGAACGCGAUCUCCACUUGGAUGAGUCGUGCGACAUAGUCCCUUACGAUGUCGUCUGCAGCAUGCUAAUUAUCGAUGCCUAUGUUGUAGUCGCUACCUCCAACAAUCCACGAAUAUUGAUUUAUGACAUCGUUCAUCGAAUAAAACAGAAACAAAUUUAUCUCCCUGUGAAUUUGACCGAAGGCUGUGUAUUGCGGCAGAUGAUAUAUGGUGGAGGCCGCAUCUUUCUUGCUUUACAGUGUGGCAGCGUUGUCAGCUUGUCGUCAAAUAAUGUCGUUUCUACUGGCUGCGAUGCUAUUUCUGAGAGUCAAGUUUGUGCACAUCUGGCAGACGACUUAUUUUGCCUUGUCGCUGUUGCAAAAAAUGACAAAUCUACAAACGAUCUUGAAGCAGCAGAUCUCGAACUGUGGUGCGGUCUGUCUAACGGUUGCAUUGCGAUUGUAGAUGGCGGCAGUAUGACACAAAUCAGUGAAAUCAUUGUGCCACUGGAUGCAAUAUCCAUUUCUGCAUUUGUAGUCAACACGGUCGCCUUUUUGGCCAUCACUCGUGCAUCGGAUGGUCAACAGAUUGUGUGGGCGUCUGUUCAGCCGGGAACUUUUGUGUACGGGUUUGAAGUGCCCACAAAAGAACCAGUUGCGACCAUUAAUUGUCUUCCUCAUUUGACCGACUUGCCUCUCAGCCCUGUUUCUGGUCCGCAUAGACUUGUUCGUCGGUUAUCAGACACGAGAGGAACUAUUACUGCUCUGAAAGCUAGUGGGAGCCAACUGUAUAUUGGUACCAGUAGUGGUCACAUUCUUAUCAUGAAUGAAGCCAGAAUUGUUCAGGUGCUACAUGCACAUCAUUCUGGAAUUAGCUUCUUACUGCCGUUUGAAGUUGAAUCGGUUGAUCCCCAAUGGCUCCCUCGUUUCUGGAGACGUCAACCCUUGGAAGUGCAAACUGGACAUACCCCAUGGAAUCAGACUGAUUCUUUGUCAGAAAGCAUUCUAAAACGAAAAUUGUUGAUCUCGUUUGGUCAGGGGUGUAAACAUGAUGUCAUGGAACAGGAAGAUGAUUCCUCAUCACCAAAUCACGACAGAAGACAAAGAAAAAAUGAUGUGUAUAUGAUGAUUUGGUUAGUAGAUGACUCAUACUGAAGUAGUAUAGCUGAUGGCAAUUUUUAUUUUUGAUAUUUCUAUGCAAAUGUAAUGGUGGUGGUAGGUGAUUGUAGUUUAUGGGGCUGUUAUUGUUAGUAAUAUGUGCUGCUGGUCAGGUUGUUGUACAGUCCAAAUCCUCUUCAUGGAUACGGAUGUCUAAUACAGUUGGUAUGUCUUACUAGAGUUA